AAAAACAAAAAUGAACUAUAACUUUUUGCUGCUUUCCGCCUGUAUCAUUUUUCUGAUUCCUGAAAAAUCUGAAAGUAUUUGUGUAACACGAAGAACCGACUGGGGGCAGUUUGGAUCGUUUUUCACCGAUCCUCUUUGUGAUGUUUGGUGCAGGAUUCGAAGAUGCGGAAAAGGCCAAUGCAGAGAAGACCCAGCGACGUCAAACACAGCUAAUUGCGUUUGCGAGAAGUGUUAUAGAGAUGACGACGGAAACGUUAUCUUCCCAGAUAAUGAUGGUUUCCAACAAUCGCGUCUGAACUUUGAUAAUAGCCCCACAUCGUCGUCGCCUUGGACAAUGAAUCAACGCAAUGAGGACGAUUUAUAUCCAAGCCAGGACCGAUACGACACUGAUCGGAACUGAUACACUUUAUGUACACUGAUCAACAUGUGACCAACAUACAAAUUGUAUUGAUUGAUUAAUAAAGCUUUUAUUGCCUGAU